AUAAAUGAUGAGGCUCCAUAUGUACUUUUUUCAAUAAUUUCAUCUUUCAACUUCGGUGAAAUCAGCAAUACAAACUAAUUAAUUUUGUAUUUGUAAUACUCCCAACAAUUGUCAGGUUAAAUUUAUUUUGUGGUUAUGUUCUCGUCAUAAUAUAUUUUCAAAAUGUUGAGAACAAAUUUAAUUAAACUGAAAAGAAAUACUUUGGCUUUGAAUAUUGUGAAAUAUUCUUCAAAUAUUGCCGUAGAAACUCGUCAAGAACAACCUAAAUAUCCACCGAUUUUAGAUUUGUCUAGAAGUGCAGCCAGACGAAGAGAAAAGCAAUCAUGGCAUGAUGAAAUACAAAAUGUUAAGUCAGUAGAAGAAAAGCUGAUUAAAAUUAAUAUGCCAAAGUAUUAUGGUUUUAAAUCUGUUUUAAUAAACCAUGAAAAAGUUCCUUAUAAUGCUUUGCCGUUGAUACAACAUUACACCCGAACACAUUUCAUUGAACAAAAUGAACCACUUAGUUUUUACAGCCAGUAUGAAGAAAAAACUACAAAAUAUCUUGAACUAAUUAAAGGACAGAUUGAGGAAUCAUUAUCUUUUGUUCACAAAGCUAUUAAAAGUAAUGUGAAAAGUGGUGAAUUAUCAGCAUCAGAAAUUGAAGAUAAAGUAGCAGAAAUGGUGAUAGAAAAUAUUAAUAGAAUUAUCAUAAAUAAUUUAGCAAAGGACGAAGAUCAUUUAUUUGAAGCUGGUAUUGACCAAAAGUCACGCAUUGAAGCCUAUUGGGUUGUGGGUGGCGUUUUACCUCCUGCAUCUACAAGGAAAGCAAAAAAGGGCCUUAAAUGGCUGGAACAUGAAGCUGAUGAUUAUGUUGAUAAACAUGUUCAAUAUUUGGCUACUCCUGCACUGACUAUUAGAAGUGCAUGUCCACUGGAAUCUUUUGUACCUCAUGAAUCCGCAACGAAAGAUGUUUACUCUAUUCCACAUUAUAUGUAUGAUCCUAGAACCCUUGGAUAUGUACAAGAACAUAGACAUGCUACAAGUAUACCAGGUUUCUGGCCGGGUGAUGAACAAGAAUUUGGAUUACUUUCUUACCAUACAAGAGGUAGUAUGUUAAACAGACUCAAUGCUGGUGAAAAAGAUUAUCAAGAAGCCUUACACAGCAUGGGAAUUUUACAUUCCUAUGCAUGGUUGUUGGCUCAAUCAAACUACCAAGGAUUCAAUACUUAUAAUGACAUCACAUAUCCAUUAACAACUCAAACUAUCAUAACUAAUGGUCAACUGUUCUCCCUAUACACAUACCAGUUGAACACUACUUUAAUCCAUAGUGAUAAUUACUGUAGCAAUGAGAAGGUAAAUUUAUGUUGGGGUACCAAAGAAAUGAAAUUAUUUGACUCUGUUGACGACUCAGGUAAAGUGGUUAAUCUAAAUGACAAUGUUUUGAGGCAGCUGAUACAAUAUUAUAUAAAUAAACCGAAAGCAAGAGAUAUUGAAAUGAAGCCAUAUUUAGAUAAAUGUCAACCGCUUGUAGCUAAUAUACAAGAUGAGGAAAAACGUGUUUGGCUAGAAAGUAGGUAUAAACAUUUGGUGUCGAAUAGACCAAGGCAUAGAUUACCUUAUGAAGUUUAUCAUUGGGAAAAGAUUUAUAAAAUUGAUCAUAAAACAAGACCAAUGGAACCUAGAAGGAGGCCUUUUGAAUUGGGUAUUAAUCAUAAUAGAAGGCUUGAUGAACAUACACCUGAAUAUAUACCAAAAUGCAUAAGACCUGGAGGUCCUAAGAGUAAACCAAAGUGGGCUAAAACUUAUUAUCCUUAAUUAUUAAUGUAUGAUUAACUAAAUGUAUAAUUAUAAUAUAUAAAAAGAAACAUCAUUUUAUAUUUGUUAUUUGCAUUUUGGAAAAUUGCCAGUUGAAUAAUAUAGGUAUGGGCACUUUGCAAUACACAAUCAACAUAUUUGGAGAUAAGUACAACUCAAAAUGAUAUUUUCAAAGUUGUGUAAUUGUGAUUACCUAUAUUCAGUUCUUUAUUAUACAUUGAGGUAGACAGUAGGAAAUUGAUAUAUCUGAAAUUAUAUUUUUCAAGAUGUAUGUAGAAAAUCUAUAAAUCGUUCAAACACAAAAU